AUGACCGGACCCAAAGAACCACCAUGUCGGAUUAUGGUCAUGGCCUCUGGCUUUGGCUCUAACUUUCAGGCUCUCAUAGAUGCUACCUCAACUGGCCAGCUUCCAAAUAGCCGCAUUAUCUCCCUCAUCGUGAACCGGAAAAAUGCACACGCAACUGUCCGGGCAGACAAAGCAGGUAUUCCGUGGGAAUACUUCAAUCUAAUUAGUAACGGGUUUUUGCAGAAGGGAGAAAAAGACGAACAGAAAGUAGCUGAGAGUCGUCGAAAAUAUGAUGCUGCAUUGGCCGCGAAGAUUUUAUCAGCAGAGGAAACGCCCGAGUUGAUUAUUCUUGCUGGUUGGAUGUAUGUCUUCUCCACUGCCUUUCUAGAACCCCUAGACAAGGCAGGAGUGCGGAUAAUCAACAUCCAUCCGGCACUACCUCGGGAGUUCGAUGGAACUAAUGCGAUUGAGCGAGCUUUUGACGAAUUCAAGGCUGGGCGACUAACACGCACUGGUAUUAUGGCCCACUACGUCAUUGAUGAGGUGGAUAGGGGUACUCCUAUUCUGGUCAAAGAGAUUGAAUGGAAGGGAGAAGAGCUGGAAGAGCUGAAGGAAAGGAUCCAUGUUCAUGAGCACGAGCUAAUCGUGAAGGCAGCGGCGAAGGUGGUAGAGGAGAUACUGAAGGCUAGGGGGAACGUAACUCCUGAGUCUCAAAAUCCUUGA